AUGGCUGAUAUCGUUGUGAAAACUGAAGAUGUUGUCAAAGAAUAUCGCAUGGGUUCAAACAUUCUUCGUGCUUUGGAUGGCAUCAAUAUUGAGAUUGAACGCGGGGAGUACAUCUCGCUUAUGGGUCCCUCCGGCUCCGGCAAAUCCACGCUCUUUAACAUGAUUGGCGCACUCGAUCGCCCUACGGAGGGACAGGUCUACAUCGACGGUCAAAAUAUGGCCCAACUUUCACAAAGGCAAAUUGCGGCGUUUCGGUGUCACCGCGUGGGCUACAUCUUCCAGAGUUACAACCUGUUGCACGUGCGGAGCGCGCACGGAAAUGUAACGCUGCCGAUGAUUUUCGCUGGGAUUCCUGAGAAACAGCGCAAUGAAAAAGCGGAAGGACUUCUGGAUAUGGUGGGCUUAGGGGAUAGGAUGUAUCAUCUUCCCGAUGAACUCUCUGGCGGUCAACGUCAACGCGUCGCUAUUGCGAGAGCACUUGCGAAUGAUCCGAGCAUCAUCCUCGCUGAUGAACCGACAGCAAACCUUGAUACCAUCACAGGGCGCGAGAUUAUUGACCUGAUUAAACGCUUGAAUAGGGAACAGGGUGUCACUGUCAUUUCUGCAACGCACGACUUGAAGAUGCUCGAUGUCUCUGAUCGGGUUGUGGACAUUCGCGACGGCCUGGUAGAGCGCGUCAGAAACCGAGAUGAGAUCGACAUCGAAGUCGGUGAAGUCGGUGAUGAGUAAAGAAGCCGUCUGAUUUUUACGGCUGAAUUUCUGACAAAAGGACAGGACGAUUCUCGCGAAGCGACU